UCCUUGAGACGCACCAAUGAGAUUUUGCGUUGUUGGAGAGUCGACUUUGGGCGGAAGUGGCUUCGUAGACCGGGAGAAGAGAGAUGGGGGUGAAGCUGGAGGUGUUUCGGGCUCUCCUGCAGCACUCAACACUACUCUGGUAGCGGCCAUUCCAGGCCCUGCUCAUCCACCCCUGCUUUCACAGAUGUCUCUUUACCUCACUUUCCCCGUGGUUAUGUUCUGGAUCUCCAACCAGGCUGAGUGGUUUGAAGACUAUGUUAUCCAGCGCAAGAGGGAGCUGUGGCCACGGGAGAAGGAGGACCAGCGCCAGGAACUAGAAGAAUUCAAACAGAAAAUACGGAAGCAGAGGGAAGAGAGACUCCUGCAAGCUGCCCAGCAGAACUCCUGAGACCUUCCAAUGUCUGGGUCCUAGCCCCUCUGCCAAUGAAAUAACACUCAGUUCCUA